AUGGAUUCAAUUUUACGCGAAAACCUGCUGAAAUAUGACGUGAGGGAAGAGACUCUUGAGCUUCUACUUGCAGAGGAGGUAAAUAUCGAAGCUAAUUGAGUUUUCUUCGUUUUUUUCGCGUUUUAGUUUUUCCCGCCACAGCCGAAAAGAUAUAUAUUUCGGACAAAAAAUGAACCUGCAUAGCGUUUAACUAAUAUAGAAAGGGUUUCCAAUGGUCUUAAAAUGAAAUAUUGUAGUAUUUUUUCAAUAUAUAUUAUUUUCUGAUGGUUGUGAGACUAUUUCAUUAGGACAUUAUCUUUCAUCUAGCAGAAGUCCUGGGGCCGGCUGUUCAAGGCUGGAAUAGCGCUAACCCUGGGUUAAAAGUUAACCUGAUGUUGUCCCUUCAUUUCAAAACUUCAGAAAACUGAGAAAAUUCUCGAUGAUCCUUACAAGAUUUCUGAAGAAAUAUUUUAAGUUUAUAAGUGCUGUUUGGGAAGUCGUAUAAAAAAGCUUACUGGAAGUUUGCUUUGUACGAGUCUUAGGGCUGACUAGCCGGCAUUUCAACCUACCGUGGUUGUCGUAGGUUUCAACUUCCUAGGACAGAGCAAGAAUUACUGGACUGGGGGGGGGAGCAAAAAACGUGGUAGGCCAGGCUUCACUUAUUUUUAUAGAAUGAAUUUUCUCAGGGGUAUAAAAUUUUACCAGGGGGGAGACCAGGGGCCCUGGUCCCCGCCCUGGCUACGCAUCUGGCUUAGUAUUAGUUCUCCUACCAGACCAGUUAAAGUCCCAGUUCUCAGUAGAGAGUCCCAGUACUCAAUUAUAAGAUUUUGAGAAAAUAACUAGAUACGAGCGGGCUCUGGAAGGAUGAUCGUUUCCAACCUCGUACCCAGGGUCUUUCCUUUUGGGAGAAAAGGUACGAGGUUGGAUCAUUUCAAUAUUUGGAAUGCCGUAUGUUGGAAUGAAUCUCGGUUAAUUGUUUGGUUGAUAGAUAUGAAAUAGAAUGGGAAUAGAAAUCCAGUCAUAAGAAUAGCAAUAGAAACUGUGAAAAAUGUCAUUUACUCGUAACGUAUUUCAAUAGACCUUACCGAUUACUCUCUUUUAUCCAAUUGCCUCGUUUCCAUGUCAACUUAUUUUAGCAUGUCAGGGUCAGAUAAAGAUUAUAUUCCCAUGUUUUUCCGGCCGUUACCCAACUAAACACAAAAUACGAGUAAGUAUUUGACACUAAAACGAGGCCAUUGGGUGAAAAAUGAAUAAACGGUCUGUUGUGUCUAUUCUUCAGGAGCCGGUUCUAAAGCAGGUUUCCGAAUAGCUUGUUUAUACACUUGGAAAAUAUAUUUCUUCAGAAAUAUUGUCUGGAUUAGCAGGAGUUUUCUUCUCUUACCUAUGAAAUAAACCGACGUCUGCACGUGAUACAUAAACUACUGUAAAACAUGAACGUACAGCUUAAAUUUUGACCAAGGGUCAAAAGCAGUUUUGAACAGGCCCCCUUGUAUAAUCUGACGUGUCAAUUAGCCUUUCCUUUUUUUUACUUAUAAGACCUUCAUCCGUUUCCUAGGAUUAUACUCAGUACGUGCUAUUUUAGGACCGACCAUUAGAAAAGUGAUGGGGAGGGGGGGGGGGGACUUUUCCAACUUAAUUGUACGAAUAUUCUUCCAAAUUUUUUGCUUGUGUCGAUAAUUUUUUAAAAUAUAAUCCCUUGCUCGAUUUUCUUUUAUUUCAACUUAUGAUUUUCCCUAUUGAAAAGUCUUUGCACGAAUUAACUUUUUUGGUGCACGAAUUUUUUUUCUUUCUGUACCCCUGCUCGAUUUUUAUUUUUGCUUUUCCCCCACCCCCAUCACUUUUCUAAUGGUCCGUCCCUUAAGAGGGUUGACAUCUUUGUGCAAAGGUUCUAUCUCGUAGAAGAAGUUCGCUUUUGCCUUUUUGUUGUGAUUGUGAAACGACACUCUGUAUCAAAACUUUUCGUGUUAUUACAAUCAGAAAUGAUCGAGCUUUACAUUUGACUAUGAGCAUGACAAUAGACCUUAUGCAUAAUGACGUCACAAGGCUUGACGGCUGCGAGGAAUGCUGGUCUUAGUAGUCAUUGUCCGGGAAAAUUUCAAUAGUGGCCAUUUCGAAUUGUUUAAUUUUCCCGGGCGAUGACUAUUAAGACCAGCAUUCCUCGUGGGCGUCAAGCCUUGUGACGUCAUUAUGCAUAAGAUCUAUAGGUCUAUAGGUCUAGGAACUAUUAAAAGUUUACCUUCGAUUUUGUUGGCAUCUCACUCGAUUGAAUAACAGUUGAAGGAAUAGUUGAAUAUUCGUGUAGUGUAGUUGGAAAUUAUUAUAUACAUUCCGUUAGACCAAGCGAUUCCGGUGCAAUUCGACUCGUCAGUUUGAGCUACGUCCAUCGUAAAUCAGCUCACAGCUUCAAGUAAAGUUGGAUUUCCAUUCAGUGCAAAAUGUUGCGCGAUCGACUUUUUGCGAUCGCUUUCUUUUGAAAAACAAACAUUCAAGCGGAAUAAAACUCAUUAGCUGUAGUUGACUGUACACAUUUCAAAAGCAGCUAAGAGCUACAGUAAGCUUAAUUACGAUGGCAGCAGCUCAUCCUGACCGGGUCAAGGGCACCUCUGCCAGCCUCUUUGUGACUCAUGUCCAAUCACGAAACAGAACCUACUCUGCUAACAUUCCUUGUCGGAGGACUUUCAAUAUAGCCAUCACGUCAUCACCACUUUUUUCACGUAAGUGUCGUAAGUCCAAUGUUAGGAUCGAACCCACAAUCUCACCGAAAGGCUUUUGCUCUGACAGUCUGGCAUUUUACUCUUAGUCAUAAUCGAACUAUGUGACAUUAAAACCCAGAACUCUUUCACUCAGUAAUUCUCGUAGUGGGGUAAGGUAGUGGUUAAAAGGAAUUUAAACUCAGUGUUCCCUUUAGUUUAGAGUUAGUGCUCGUGUUAGCAUUGGGGUUAGCUUAUAAGGGGUUAGCAUAUAAGGUUGCUUCCCUCGCAUCCAAUCCCCUUUAGCAAAGACCCUAAAGGUACUUAGUCGUACACAUGCAUAUACUCGUACGUCUCCAUGCAGUCGUCUCUAUUUUAGUCUAAGUAGAUCAUGUUACCAAUUACAUGAUGAUGAUAAUCAUAUCCAUCCAACUGGGGUACCUGGAAGGUAGGGAUUGCUGCGGGCAUUAGGAGCAAAUGCAACUAAAUAGUAUAAACUAUAUAAAGCACAGUUAUCACUCGCAGCGAACGACUGGUUAGCACUGUGGUCGGAGCUUAAAGGCGAUUUUCCAGUCCUCGCACGAAGCUCCUCGCAGCUCCCUGCGAGUGCUUGCAUCUAAUUAAAAUGAACUGUUUAGCAUUGUGAUUGGAUGAAAGUGCUCAUGCAUCACUCGCAGCGAGCUGCGAGGAGCUUCGUGCGAGGACUGGAAAACCGCCUUCUUAAGGAUACAGAAUCGAUUCAUGCUAUCAUUGCCAAGACCAGGGGUCAAAGGGCAAUCACAAGUGUCGGAUUUCAUAUUCAGUCUAAUACUGCUAUUAAAGGCGCAUUUAUCACACAUUUUAUACAGAUGACGUAUUAAAAUAAGAAACCAAAACUUUAUAAUAAUAUAGAACUCACAGUGGUCAGUGGCCAAAGUCCAUUGGGCUAAAUAAAAUUUACUUCAAAAGCCCCUCUCUGCACAAAUCGCUCGCUUGGUUCAGGCUCGCUCGCUAGCAUUUACUCGUAAUUAUAAAGUCUAAAGCUCUCCAAUCUAUAAGAUGUAGGUAGUUUCACUCACAAUAACCAUUUCAAUAAUUUAUUUUUAGUUGGAUACUGUAGAAAUGUUACAGGCCAUAAGUGAUGAGCUAUUAAAGGCCUGUGGCAUAAAAUUAGGCCAAAUUAUGCUUAUCAGAAAAGCAUGCAACCCUGGAUUCGCAAGUCAAGAGCAUCAAUCAUGUCCGGAUCCACCUCCACAAGGUGAAGAAGUCUAUGUUGUAGAUGCAACAGACAUUUCAGAAUUGCCAGUGACAUUCAAUGUGGUCGAGACAAUAUCAACGACGAAAACUCCCAUCCCGGAUGUCAAACCAGUUUUUAAAUCAGAGAUGGCGACACCUGAUGAGAAGUGGCUCAGUUCCUUCCGGUUACCUACAAAGGUAUAAGACAUAUAGUGUGAUCAUUAAUAUAUCUACAAUUAAUAAUUGAUGAGAAAAUUAGAAACACAUUACUUUAUGAUUUUUUGUGUUGGUAUUUAUCAGUGUUGUAACGAGUCACCUACAGGUCGAGUCACGAGUCGAGUCAUUUCAGUUUCUGAUCUGAUUAUAUAUUAUUGCAUAAAUAUAAAAAAUGAAAAUAGCCGGUCAGAAUUAGUAUAAAUACAAAAAAUUUUGAGACUCUAUUUUAAAAACUGUACGUGGCACUAGCGUUGUUUCUAAAAACAGAAAUGUAAUAUAGGCAUGCCCGUCAGGAAUAUACUGUAAAUCCCAUAUAUUUUCUGAUAAAGUUUCGAAGUUAUCAUUGUUCACAGGUUGACAGUUCUGCUCAUUGUUCUUCCCAAGCAAUUCAAUUUUCGAGUCAUUUGGGGCUGUUGACUCGAGUCGAGUUGAGUCAUUUUUUGUUUUGGACUCGAGUCGAGUCGCUGAAAAUAGCGACUCGAGUCCAAGUCAAUGACUCGACUCGUUACAACACUCAGUCUGGUAUUUAUUUUGGUUGCAUGAUGACAAUGGAUACUAUUGAAAUUGAUACUAUUGAUCCAUUGAUCCUUGGCCUCGCACGGAAUGUUAUUGAGCGGAUAUCCCAAUGAGCGGAUAUCUUUUUUUCUUUUGAUGAGUUAUGAAUGAGUUAUGAACGAAUCGAUAAGUUAUGAAUGUUCAGAAGACGAAAAACGAGACUCUCGAUGGAAACAAUCAUGAAAACGAGGUUUAAUAGCCAAAUGUGUCGUAGUGUCUGAAUUUUUGUUAUCACUCGAAAACACCUGAUUUCUCUGCAUGCCAGCACAAAUCCAGAAUCCGAAACGAAAUUAUCAAAAUCACAAUUUAUAAAGUUUCGAAAAGUUUUACCUUAAGUUUAUAACCUUUUGGCAAAACUUAAACAUUCAUUUUGCCGUGGUUUUCAAAUAAAUCUUUUACAGAACAUUGGGGAAAAAUUUGAAAAUCCAUAGAAUGGAAAUUUUUCCCAGUGGAAAUAGAAUUACGUUUGCAAAUAAUCUGUAUGUCUUUCGUUUCGACUUUUAGUUCUCUCCAGGGGUAACUGCAGCCCUUGAGAACAAGUCUUUAACAGGCAAUACAAGAGACAAAUUCAAUAGAGACGUCUGUAACAGCAUCAAAGUCCAUACCAUGAAUCCGAAGAAACACGAAAGGGACUUUGUGGCAUUUCGUAUCAUAACGGAAUAUCCGUUUUUGGCCGACAAGAUUGGUUGUGGAACGGUAGGUGGUAAUAUUGUAUGUUAACAUGUUUUUGUACGCAGACGUCACAGUGUAGAAAUUGUUUUGGUUCACGAAACGCUGAGGUGGGCUCAAAAUCAAUCAGAAAAUACAACCUGUUUCAUCCAAGAAGAAUUAUCAGGGGUUUUCUGAUGAUUCCUCUUGGAUGAUACUGUACAUGCAAAAUUAUAUUCAUUUUUAAAAAUGUAACACACCUAUCAUUUCCAUUCUUUAGGCAUCGUGGGAGCAAUCUAUAAAAAAUCGCUUCAAAAACCAGCGAAAGCUAAAAAGAAAAGCCAAUCCACAAUCAAUCGAAAUCGCUCCUCCCACUAAACAGACUGCAAGUGAAGAAGAGGCAAUUUCCGGGGAGACAGGCGAAACAUGCCAGGAGCAUCUCAAUGCCUUAAAAAAGGAAAUGGCCAAAACCAAGAACAAAAAUUUCUUUCUUAUUAAAGAGCUGAUGGUAGCAACUUUUGAAGCAAGAAGGAAACACAUUACGACAAGUCCAACAACACUACAUGUCCUUCUGUUGGACUAUCCAGGACUGAGGCUAGUUUCAGAGGUAUAG